GCAAAUUGUUUAGAAACGGGUUUAUUGAAGAAACAGGAGUAGACCCUUUCAGCCGCAACACGCUUGCGAGUGCCUGCCUGAAAACUUUUUUAACAAACUUCAUGCCAGCCAAUUCUUUAGCAAUACCAUGUCCCUUAAAUUACCGCAAUCAGGUCAAAUCAUUUUCCUCUGCCUCAAUUCAAUGGCUAGAAUAUCUCUCGUACACGCAAGGUGUUUUUAUCAGACAUGCGCUAAAUCAAGGAGAAAAAAAGCUGGGUGCUUAUUAUUUAGAUGGAUAUGCCCUAAUUAAUGAUAAACCAUAUGUCUGGGAAUUUCUGGGUUGUUACUUUCAUGGGUGUGUUAAGUGUUUUUCAAAUCAGGCCGACAUUAAUCCCUUGUUAGACCUAACUUUUGCAGAGCUAAACAGCCGCACUGAAGAAAAACUGGUUAAAUUGAGAACUGAACAUAACGUGUGUCUUGUUACAAUCUGGGAGCAUGAGUGGACCGAAUUGAAACGUACUGAUGUGAGUGUAAUCAACUUCCUCAAACAUUACGAACCGCCAGAACCUUUGAACCCCCGCCAUGCCCUCUUUGGAGGGCGUACAAGCCCUGCACAGCUGCGCUGCAGUGCAGGCCCUGGGGAGAGAAUCAGUUAUGUGGAUGUUACCUCGCUGUAUCCGUUUGUAAAUAGCACCUGUAGUUACCCCUUAGGGCAUCCUCAAAUAAUCUUUCGAAAUUUUCAGCACCCUAAAAACUACUUUGGGUUUAUCAAAGCGGUUGUAUACCCACCCAGAGCACUCUAUUUUCCAGUUUUACCCUAUAAAACUAAGUCAGGAAAGCUUCUCUUUACCCUCUGCCGCACCUGUGCCGAAAUGAACAACCAACAGGGGGCGUGUAGCCAUAGCAACGAGGAGAGAGCCCUCAAAGGGGUUUGGACCACUGUAGAAUUUAA